UGAAGAGUUAGAGAGAGAAGAUGCGACAGAGUUCAUUAAGAGAGAGAGAGAGGGCGGAGAUGGUGGGAGGUUAGCCCCCAAGCCAAGUCCGAAACCAAACCCUCCCAAAAUUCAUUUUUUUUUGUUUAUUGAGUUCGAUGUUAAUGGGUAUUCUUCGUCGCCAUUGAUUCUCUCUGUUUCUCCAUCUUUCGCGCGCGAUCUGUCUGUGUUCGGGUCAUGGAAGAAGAGCUAGCCAUGCUCAGACAGCUUAUCGGUCAGCUUCAAGAGCUCUUGCACCUCUACGGCUCUCCUCCUCCUCCUCCUCCGCUGCCGUCGUUUUCUACGUUUCCUCCACCGCAUACUCCACCGCUGUACGUUCUCCGACACCCGGAGGACCGAAACGGAUGGUGUUUGCCCUGUAUCGAGGAGGGUUCUGCAGAUGAUUGCUGUGAUAUCGUAAUGGCAGCUGGGAAGAGGUCUGGGGUCUUCAAGAUGUUAGAAUCUGUCAAGUCUCCGCCUGCCAAGAAAUCCCGGAAAGAACUAAGUCGAGGGAAGUCAUCUACUGAAGAAACCAACUCAGACGAAAACAUGGAUCAGAAUAUCUGGCAGGAAUUUCCUGAGGACCUCUUUGAAGCUAUACUUUCCAGACUACCGGUUGCCACGUUCUUCAGGUUCCGCUCUGUUUGCCAAAAGUGGAACUCUCUCACUGACUCUGAGAAUUUCUCUGAACGUUGCGCCGAGGUUCCACAGACCAUCCCUUGGUUCUACACCAUAACCCACGAAAAUGUCAACUCGGGAGCUGUUUAUGACCCUUGUUCAAAAAAAUGGCACCAUCCCGUCAUCUCUGCACUCCCGAAGAGGACCAUUGUUUUGCCAGUCGCUUCUGCAGGAGGUCUGGUGUGCUUCCUUGACAUAGGUCACCGGAAUUUCUACCUUUGCAACCCACUGACUAAGUCUUUCAGAGAGUUGCCUGCUAGGUCGUUCAAGGUCUGGUCUCGUAUUGCUGUAGGGAUGAUUUUGAACGGGAAAUCGACGAGCGAUGGGUAUAAAGUCAUGUGGGUCGGGUGUGAAGGAGAGUAUGAAGUCUACGAUUCCACGAGAAAUGCAUGGACUAAACGAGGGAGUAUGCCCUCCAGCAUAAAGCUCCCGGUUCUACUCAACUUCAAGUCACAACCAGUGGCUAUAGGAAGUAGCCUUUACUUCAUGUUGACAGAGCCGGAAGGGAUACUGUCGUACAACAUGGUAACGGGAACGUGGAAGCAGUCAAUCAUCCCAGCCCCAAUGCAUCUGAGCGAUCACACGCUGGCAGAGUGCGGAGACCAGCUGAUGCUGGUGGGUCUGCUGACGAAGAACGCGGCAACAUGCGUGUGCAUAUGGGAGCUGCAGAAGAUGACACUCUUGUGGAAGGAGGUUGACAGAAUGCCAAACGUAUGGUGCUUGGAGUUUUACGGAAAGCACAUUAGGAUGAACUGUCUGGGCAACAAAGGCUGUCUGAUCAUGUUGUCCUUGAGGUCCAGACAGAUGAACCGUCUUGUAACUUACAAUGUUGGUACUAGGGAAUGGUCCAAGGUUCCCGGCUACUCAGCCCCCCCUCGGGGUAGGAAGAGGCUUUGGAUCACUGGUGGGACCGCCUUCCAUCCGUCCCCAACCGCCACCGCUUGAUCUUCUUUCCGGCAGAUAGAUUGUUGCUACUUCUGCCAACUGUGGCGGUGACCCUCAAAAGUGUGCAGCUUCCUCUCUCUUUAAGUUGUGUAUUUCUUUGGAACGCAAUAACGGUGUUAAUGUGGUUGGAAUUUUAAGAUUAAGUGGUUUGUUUAUGAAUGACUUUUGUACAAACUCUGUGUUUUAAUAACUUGGAUUAUGCUAAAACUA